AUGGCAUUUGAAGGUGAUUUGAAUGAAGCUAAACAAUUACCAAACUUUCCCGAGAAAACUGCUGUUGACUAUGCGGAUACCUGGACGAUGGACAAAGUAGUGCGUUGGUUGGAGACAAACGAUUUCAAAAACACGAUUGAAGUAUUCAAAGCAAAGCAUAUUUGCGGAAAAGCUUUUCUCGAAAUCGACAUGUCUUACUUAAUGGGAUCGCAAAAUGACUUGGGACUUUCAUAUACCGAAAAACGCAAAAUGGCUUUAGCCCUCAAGAAUAUUCGCAUGAACGAGGAAUACUUUCAAAGACCACCUUCAAAUGCUCGAUAUAAUAAUGGCUCUAGAUAUGCUAUACCGGCAGUAAAUGAUAGAUUAACUAGCUCGGAUUCUGUCAUUCCUCUAAUACCUGAAAGAAAAUCAUCAAAUAAUGAACAAGUAUUGGAUUGGAUGAAAAAUUAUAAUAUACCACAUCGACCUAUACCAACACCUGGAAUACCCGUUAAUAGAAACAGUAAUAUUAGACCCUCAAGUUCAACUACAAGUAAUUUAUCAAAUGCACCACUUAAUACAUCAUCAUCUCGAUAUCCAUUAAGCCCUAGUAGCCCAAGAAUAUCAGACAAUGAUGUUAACUGGAAAUUUGGUAGAAGAAGACCAACAGCUCCUACCCCAAUUCUUACUCCAACAACAAUGGACCACCCUGUGCAACUUCCUCCUCAACGUGAACAACAGAGCAUUCAUGUUACAAGAGACUCUGAUACUUUUCACAGUUUACAUGUUACAGGAAUGCAUGAUCCUCGUUUAAUCAAGAAUUCUAUUCUAAGAAAAUUAGGUUUAGAAGGUGGAUGUGACAGAUACCUAUUUUAUCAUGAAAACGGCAAGCAUUCAGAUACUGCUUUGAGCGAUGGAGAACUAUCUCAUAUAUGUCAGAUUUCAGACCAUAGUUCUACCAACAGAAUAUUGGUCAAACCUGCAGAUCAUGCAUCAGAACAUUAUAGGUCGUAUUCUAAAGAUGGAACAAUUUGUUAUGAUUUUGCUACACAAGGAGGUUAUCAAAGCCAUAUAAUUAGAUCAAAUCUCCAACAACAGCAACAACAACAACAGCGUUAUAUUGGUCAAUAUGCCAGUAACCAUAGUAGCGAAUAUGAUUUAAGUCGUUCCCGUUAUGAUCUUUCUGCUAACCAGUAUACUAUUGCAUCUCCAUCAGAGGGUAUGGAAGAUAGUAGAGAUGAUAGCGGAUACUUUGAUAAAAUUGGUAGAAAUUCCCGUAAGCAAUCUAUGGAUGCUGAUGCUAGUGUUUGGUCAACUCACCCCCCUCCAGCCGUUGAUGCAAAUAAUAGACCUCCUUUAUGGGCUGUCACUCCUCCAUCCCAAAGAAGUAGCACCUCAUCCACUGAUACACAAAAGCAUUAUUAUCAACAGCAGUUACAACAACAAGCUCUCUGGCCUGUGCAAAGCACUUCGGAUAUGAGUCUAGCUUCUUUAGGUGAAGCAAGUACUGCGGUCAAUUCUAAUGAAUUAUGGCCAAUCCAUCAAGAUAUUCAUCAUCACCAUCAACAAGAACAACCUUCUUUAUGGGCUGUACCGCCUAAACAAUAUCCCGAAGAAACACUUACUACCUCUCAAUCACUCUGGGCUAUCCCUCCUUCAAACAAUGUAUCCGCUAAUCCCUCUGUAAAUCACUACCCGAAUAACACUGCUACAAAUAACACAUUAACUUCGUCCGUCUCACUUUGGGCCGUUGCACCUUCCAAUGUUUCUGCGCCCACACCAUCUCCUUCUUUGUGGGCAAUUGCACCUCAACAACAAUUGAAAAAAGCCGAGUCAAGUCCAGUUGUUCCCACAACUACAUCACCAGUGCAACAAUUUGGAUCUGAAAAUCUCAAUUUGCAUCCUAGUAUCUCAGCCAAAACAUACAUGAACUCGCCACCCAAAAAGAGAGGUGUUCAAUUCACAAUGUCAUCUGAACAGGGUGAAGAACCCGAACCUGAGUCUGCUGCUAGUAAUGGCAGUGCUCCUAUCAUCGAAGAAGGUGUGGAAAGUAUUUCAUUAUCAGAUCCACCUGCCGCGGGUCUUUCCAUUGAUACAGCACCCCCUUUACAUCAUCGUAAUAGUACGCCCAUUUCAUCUCCUUCUGGAAAUGACCACGACGAUGGCAACUGGGCUGAACGUCCUUCUGUCGAAAAGCUUUACAAGGAUAUCGAUAAAUAUUUACCUGGUCAUGAUUUGGAUAAAGAAAUUAUUGUCGAACCCUCCAUGGGGUCAACUCAAACCACUACUGCAACCCUUGUUACUGCUUUACCUCCUGGAAGAAGACUGCAGGGACAUAAGAAAUCUAUUCGUAAUGUCGCUCACGAAGCUCAUCGCAACUGGAGAAAUGCCGUCAAUGUCAUUAGAGCAAACAAUCUGUUAAGAAGACGUAGCACUAAGAUGUGGCAUCGUACCGUAGAACAAGUCAAACCUGGUAUGAAUGCAAAUAUCCAGACAGAUGAUUUGAAGCCAAGCAAGAAAACCAAAAUCUUACAAUGGAUUCGUGGUGAAUUGAUCGGUAAAGGAUCCUUUGGUAGAGUUUACCACGCAUUGAAUGUCGAGGCAGGAGAAUGGAUUGCUGUCAAACAAGUAGAUUUACCUGUUACAAAAGCCGAUUAUGCCAAUCCUCAAUUGCUUGAAACUAAAGACUCCUUGUUCCGUGAGAUUUCACUUUUAGAGGAUUUGGAUAACGAGUACAUCGUGCAAUAUCUUGGCUACAAUGUCGAUCUUGAGGAAGGUCACAUCAAUAUCUUUUUGGAGUAUGUUCCUGGUGGAAGUAUUGCUUCUUGUCUCGCAAAGACUGGUAAAUUUGAUGGACCUUUAGUUCAAUUCUUUACUAGACAAAUCUUAAUGGGUCUCGCAUAUCUUCACAACCGUAAUGUCCUGCACAGAGAUAUUAAAGCUGGUAACAUCCUUUUGGAUCAAAACGGUGUUUGUAAGAUUACCGAUUUUGGUUUGUCCAAAUUGAGUGGACAAGAUAAGGCGUACGACCCUCAUUCAAAUAACUCUGUCAUGCGUGGUACUGUAUUCUGGAUGGCACCUGAGGUUGUAAAAGGCACCAAUUAUAAUGCUAAAAUUGAUAUUUGGAGUCUUGGCUGUACAGUGAUCGAAAUGCUCACAGGAAGCCAUCCAUGGCUCGACUUAAACAUGCUAGCUGCAUUAUAUAGUCUUGGUAAAUAUCAAGCACCCCCUAUACCUGAUCACUUGCCUGAAGCUGCCAAAAACUUUCUUAGUUUAUGCUUCACCAUUAAUCCGGAGGAUCGACCUACUGCCGAACAGUUAUUGACCCAUCCAUUCGUUCAACCAGAUGCUUCAUUUGAGUUCAAGAAAUACAUGAAGAAUGCUGAAAUUGAACGAAGAGCAUCCAAAAGAAUGCAACCUAUUCCCGUAGAAAAUUAA